GGCUUAUUGCUAGCUAUUGUAUUUUUAUUAGUAGAGUCUACUACGAAUGUGAAUCGAAUAAGAGCGAUUUUAUCAAUCAUCAUAUUACUCACAAUGAUUUGCUAUAAUAUAAAAAUAAGGCCCUGUUAUGUAGAUAAAAUUAAUUUCUUUAGAACUGCGUCGUUUACUUGUAUUUUAUGGACAUCUACUUUAGUAGCUAUUCUUAGUGAUACAAAUGCAGCACAGAGCUUAGGACCAUUUACAGUUUUUUAUAUUAUUAUGGGAGGUUGGUUCCUUAUCAUUCUUUGCUUUAUCAUAAUUUAUUUCAUUUAUUAUAUUCAAAAAGAUGACGAUGACAAAAAGGAAGAUUCAGUUUCAAAACAAACGAUUUUAACUUACUAA